AAACCGAAGACGAUGAAAUAGUAAGAAAAAAUAUAUAAAGAGAAGUGAAAAUGUUAAGAUUAUUAAGGCAUAAAAAUAUAGUGGAUUUAAAAGAAGCAUUUAAAAGAAAAGGAAGAAUAUAUUUAGUAUUUGAAUAUGUAGAAAAAAAUCUUCUUGAAAUUUUGGAAUAAAAACCUUCUGGUUUAGAUGUAUACAUAAAAAAAAAAAUUUAAAAAUUAAAAAAAAAUAAAGCCUGAAAUAAUACGAUGCAUAAUAUAUUAAUUAUUAAAAGCUUUAAAUUAAUGUCAUAAAUAAGAUGUAAUCCAUAGGGAUGUCAAACCAGAAAACUUACUAGUAAACCCAUACAAUUAUGAGCUAAAACUUUGCGAUUUUGGUUUUGCAAGAUAAUUACCAUCAAAAUAAACUGAAUUAUUAACCGAUUAUGUUGCCACAAGAUGGUAUAGAGCCCCUGAAUUACUUUUAUAAUAUUAAAAAUACGGAAAAGAGGUAGAUGUAUGGGCUAUAGCCUGUAUAAUGGGUGAACUAAUAGAUGGUUAGCCAAUGUUCCCUGGAGAAAAUGAAAUCGACUAAUUAUAUUUGAUACAAAAAAUGCUGGGACCUUUGACAGUAGAACAAAAGGAAUUAUUUAUUAAAAAUCCGAGAUUUUUAGGUAUGAAAUUUCCAGAAAUAAACAAACCUGAAACUUUAGAAAGAAGAUAUUUAGGAAAAUUAAGCAAAAAAGCAUUAAAUAUAAUGAAGGGUAUGCUUAAAAUGGAUCCUUAAGAAAGAAUUACAAUUGAAGAAGCAAUGAAACAUCCAUAUUUUGAUGAAAUUAGGGAUCAAUAUAAAAACGAAAAUGAAGAACCUAAAAAUAUAUAUGAGGAGUUGAAAAAAGAUAAUUCUAUUAAAAAAUAAAUUGAUAAAAAGAAUUUUAUUAAUAAUAAAGUUAUUUAAGAUGAAAAAAAUAGUAAUAAUAAUGAAAAUUUAUAAGAAAAAUAAUAAGAAAAUAAUAAUAAUUUUAUUAAAACUGAAGCUAAUACUAAUGAAAAAUAAAAUAGAUUAUUUGGAUAAAAAUCUAUUCCUUCUUAUUUAUAAUAAGGAUAAAAAAUUAUGUAGAAUACAGUUUAUAAUUAUAAAAUGAAUGAUGGAUCUUUUAUUGAAUAAAUUAAAAAAAAUAAUGUUUUUUUCCUUAUUAAUAAUAAAAUAAAUAUUAUUAUUUAUAUAAUUCAAAAAGGGAGGAUAAAAUCAAAAUUAGGAUAAAAAUAAUGA